AUGGCAGCCCCUAAAGGGCCUCCCAGCCCUAUGCAGUCACUUCGAGAAGAAGCAGUGUGCGCCAUCUGUUUGGAUUACUUUAAGGACCCUGUGUCCAUCGGCUGUGGGCACAACUUCUGCCGAGGCUGUGUGACCCAGCUGUGGGGCAAGGACGAUGAACCAGACCGUGACCAGCCGACUGCAGGGGCCCACGUCAUCAGACAGGUUUUGUAUCAUAGGAACGUAGAACAGGAGGCGUUUCAGCACCGAGCACAUGCUGGACGCUGGGUUGGUGAUAGCCAUAGAAGGCAUCGGGGCAAUGCAGACUCUGUGUGGGAUGACGAGGAAGAAGAUUUGAACAGUUUACAAGGAUUGGUACGUGACCUGAGAGGUGGAGUUUUUCCGGAAGAUGAGAGAGGAGAACACCACCACAAUGGCCACCACUACCAUCACUAUGGCCGCUAUCGCUACCGUCACCUCUUCCACCGUGGCCCACCACAUCCACCUGUGCGACGGCAGCUUUAUCUAGAUGCUGAAGUACGUUCUCAGCCUCGUCCUACACCACAGGUAUUCAGCUGCCCACAAUGCCGAAGAACUUUCCCAAGUCGCAGUUUUCGCCCCAAUCUGCAGCUGGCGAACAUGGUCCAUAUAAUUCGCCAGAUUUGCCAUACUCCAUGA